AUCUGAUUUUAUUAAGCUGAUUUUCAUGGGGGGGGGUCGCUGUUCUAAGAAUACAUUGUUCGAGAUUCAGAACACAGGAGCUACAGAUUUCCACAGCCUUUGAUGACGGCUACAAACACGAUUUAAACCCCUUAAUUCCCAAUUGCAAAGCAACUUGGCGGAACCAACCUCUGACGCUCGAAUUUCCGGGGGGAAAUCGCGAGUAUGUUACAACAGAUCGAUUGCUUUUGCCUGGCAGAGGCUUAUCUGAAAAGGACUGGGAGGCCAAGCGAAGAAGGUGAGUUACGGGCGUCCUUGUCUGGAGAGAGCUUGAGCUACUGCGUUUCGGCAGCCCGCGCAGGGCCUGGUUGGCGGAGCGUCCAAGCAGGCUGGAGAGUUCAGUCAUGUUCCCUCAAGCGGUGAUGCGCGCCUUCCGCAAAAACAAGACCCUACGUUAUGGAGUCCCCAUGUUGUUGCUGGUUGUUGGAGGUUCUUUUGGUCUUCGUGAAUUUUCACAAAUCCGUUAUGAUGCUGUGAAGAUUAAAAUUGAUCCUGAAUUGGAAAAAAAACUGAAAAUGAAUAAAGUGUCAUUGGAAUCAGAGUACGAGAAAAUAAAGGACUCCACUUUUGAUGACUGGAAGAAUAUUCGAGGACCCAGGCCUUGGGAAGAUCCUGACCUCCUCCAAGGACGAAAUCCAGAAAUCCUUAAAACUAAGACAACUUGACUAUACUGAUUCUUUUUUUUUUUUUUUAAUAAAAAUGGUAUCAAAUGGAAUUACACUAUGAACUUCUAUCCAUUGGAAAGAAAAUUCCAGACCUGCAGAAGCCUGGAUGUGACUACUUGAUGACAAGUACUCUUGAUAAAAAAUCAAAUACGGGUUUUUAUUUAUUUUAUUUCCCAACUCUUCCAUUUGCAAAUGAAAGCUACAAUGUUGACCACAUAUAUUUUCUACUGCUCAAUAAAAAUGUGAAUGCUGUUAUUUAAA